AAUUAUAUUGUAUAUAAAGAGCUCAGAUCGAGAAGCCAUUCAUUCCCAUUCAUUCUUGUUUGUUCCCCCGCCUGCCAUUUCUAACAUUUGCUUUUGAGAUAUAAUGGCAACCCAACCACCCGCAGCUCGUCCAUGGUUCAGGCUAGCUUCCCUCAAUCGUCCAGCCCAAGCCCCCUCACCCGCUGUCCCUGCCCCUGCUUCUGCUCCAGCAACAGAUCCACCACCACCUCCGGCGGAGACUCAACCCCCUGCUCCUCCUCAGCCUCAGCCUCAGCCUCGGCCAACUAUUGUCCUACCAACAACAGCACCUCCUCCUCCUCCUCCUCCUGCCCCUCAAGAACCUGCCCCACCUCCGCCGCCGCCACAACCAACAGUCCAAGAAUCUACACCGCCACCGCCACCGCCUCCUCAAGGACCUUCUUCACCACCUCGACCUGCGCCUCAAGCAGAGCCAGUACCACCGCGACCGAGCCCUGUUGCUCCUGCUACUGCACCACCCCUUGCCUCUGCUAUUGCCCCACCGCCACAACCUGCCGUGGCGCAGCCCUCUCCUGCUCCUUCCCCACAAACAAGGUUAAUUCCUUCUCCUGCUUCUUCCCUGUCGCCAGCACCCGAACCGGCGCCGUCACCUUUCCCACGACCAGUGCCUGCACCGGCUCUACUUUCUUUCCCAGCUGUACCCAGCAGCACCGUGCAACCUGCCACUUCCACCAUCACGGCCACUGCUCGUCCCUCCCCCAGCCCUUCGUCCCAGGAAAAGACCAAACCCGUCGUUCCUCCAUUCCCAUCUCCAUUCAAACUACCACCUGCUGCAGCUGCACAAUUGAAGCCUGCAGAUGCUGCUGAACCCAUGAUUCCUCCCGUCGCUGAGCAGAAAAGAGUCCUUGUCCAGGAAACCACUGAAAAACCGAGUAAGGCAGUGCCUAGAAGCUCCAACGGUGAGAAAACCAAAGACAUGACGAUGAAAACCAAAGACAAGCAAGGCACCGAUCAGAAGAAGCAGUCCGAUUCCGAAGAGUUUGGCAUGAGAAUCAUCACAAUAGCAGGUGAAAACAAAGGUGCAAUCAUGGAGCUGAACCCGUCCCGGGGAAGACAUGAUCAUUAUGGAGGCCGUCCAACGACCCUUAACGGAAGCCACGCUAAAGAAGAAGGGAAGCCGAAGAUCAAGGACAAGAGCGGUCACACAAUGGCAACCUCCUCGCCGCCAUUAAAUGCUUUCGUAAACAGCAACGUUCAGGGUGUGAACAACUCAAUUCUCUACAACUGUUCUUGCACUCACCAUGAUCCUGGCGUCCACCUCUCUCUCUCAAGGAAGGUUGAUCAUGUUGCUGCCGGCAGCAAUGGGAUUCACCUCAAGGAGCGCAAGAAUGGUUAAAGCUUCAUAUAGACGUCAAUCGAGAUGCGAGAAAUAAAUUAAAAAAGGGUAUCAAGUAUUUAACUUUCGUGUUCUUGAUCAUGUACUAGAGUAUAAUGUGGAAUAAUUGCUAUGAGUGAGACAACACACACACACACACACACACACACACAUAUAUAUAUAGAGAGAGAGUCGUGAUGAGGACUACGGGGGAGGGGUGGGGGGGCAUAUGCAUGGAUUCUGAUUCUUCUAUUGUUGCCUUCUACUGUCAUGGAAGGUAAUUGAGUGAAGAGGGUCCAAAAAUAAUAGCCUACUUGUGUUUGGUAUGACUGUAUAAUUACGUGUCAAGCAGUCAGUAAUAAAUGGUUCAGUUUGCUGUGUGUUUAUAUAAUAAGUUUCGUGUAAAUUAACGUAGUUGCACAUAUAGCAAACACUUUACUGCAGGGCGACAUU